AUGAAUCCAGAUGAGGAAACGGUUCGUUCAAGAUUCAACAUCGACCCCUGUCAACAACUCGAGGAUUUCCACUUCCGCGAAACCCGAUCGGACAUUCAAUCCUCCGUAAUCUUGUUGAGUCAACGAGUCAAGCGUCAGUAUAUGAGCGAGUUCGUGCUGCCUGAUGAUACAAGGAUUGCCGUGAGUCGAAUUGAGUCGUCACUUCCGGUUGACCAAAAACAGGAGGUUCUCGUAAAUUUGGCCGUCCGACAUCCCUCCAAUUCCUUUUUACCGAAAUUCGUGACCACUCUACACAGAGAAGUUGAUGAUUCAAAGUCAGACAUCGAGUCUAGUACCACCCUGGAGACCUCGGAGGAUGCGACUACAGAUAGCGAAAUUGAAAAAUUCCCUGACAAAUUUUCAGGAAGCAUAAACCUCCGAAUUUCGGACUACCUCGGUGACGACGCAUGGGCCGCGAACAUUCUGGAGUGGAAUUCUGGUGCAAGUGGUGACUUGCUUCGACACCUAGAAGCCGAUUGUCGCCUUGAUCCCGAUUCUUAUAGAAUGGAACGCUUGCAGCGUCGACGCAACUUGAAGACGGUCGUGGACAUUCAGCAAGAGCCGCAAACCCGAAAUCUCGACAUAGGACGCAAAGAAAAUAAAACAGAUUCGACACCAGAUUGA